AUGAACGUCUCGUACCUCUGGAACGGCUGCGUGUUGGUCGCUCCGCUGUGCGUCGACACCGUGACCUCCCGUGGUCCCUCCGGUGGCUGCACGUUCGGUAGGAGUCCCGCCGCUGCCGGCUGCGUGACCUGGAGCCGCGCCGCUGCUGGCUGCGUGACCUCCUGGAGCCGUGACUGCGCCGGUCGUCCGGUGGCCGGCUGCGCCGCCGACUCUGCCUCUGCUGGCGCCCUCCGCCCUCAUCUGGCGUCGCCAGUCGUCGCUCAGUGGGAACCGGAAGAGAAGCUGGCAGCGUCAGAGAGCACUUUAAGCGCAGAAGAGAAGAUGGAACGCGCCAAGGCUCUUAUUGAGGCUAAGAGGAAGGAGAAAGCUGAGAAAGAGAAACAGGAAGAUCGCAAACGCGAAAAGAUGGAGAACAACCUCGCCAGACAACGCAUCUUGGAGCAGAUUGCUCAAGACCGCGCCGAGAGACGCGCCAGGGACGUACCGCCACAAGAGUGCCAGCGCAGGGAGACUACCGCACCAGCUACAUCAGGCGACGGUGCCCUCCAAGCUCGCGUACAAUUCAAGUUGCCAGACGGCACCACCCAUACAAAUCACUUCCCCGCGGAGGCGCGACUGGCCGAAGUGCACCAAUAUGUCGCCGACAACCUCGACUUACCCACCGCCCAAUUCUCAUUAUGGCUGGCGUUCCCUCGCCGAGAGCUGACCGACACGGAAGCGACACUGAGGCGACUCGAACUAGCCCCCUUGGUGACGCAACUUCUAUCGACAAUGAUCUUCGAGCCGUCUACCAGACUAUACACUUGGCUCGUGUCGCUGGCCGCGCCCGCGGGGGCGCGCGCUCCCCCCCCGCCCCCGCGCGCGCCCGCGACCGCGCCCGCCGCCGCGAGGAGGGGGAACGUGCACCGGCUGAGGGGGGAAAGGCCCGAUGAUGACAACAAUACAUGGAACGGGAACUCGACACAGCAGAUGUAG